AUGUUGCCUUUCAAUGAAGUAUUACCUCCUCUUCCUCCCCUCCUUUUCUCAAUCUCAGGAGGACCGCAAGCUGCUGCUGCACGUGGCAGCACAUGUUGCCUUUCAAUGAAGUAUUACCUCCUCUUCCUCCCCUCCUUUUCUCAAUCUCAGGAGGACCGCAAGCUGCUGCUGCACGUGGCAGCGCACGGCACGCGGCAGUGGAGGGCCGUUGUCAACGCAGGGCUGUUGCCAGGCCGGGACAGCAAGGCCUGCUGCAACCGAUUCAUCGUCUUGAGAAGGAAGUACUUCGACUUCCAGGAGAGAUUUCAGGAAAUGGAAAUGGAAAUGGAAACUCCUGAGAUUCCUCUCCCACUGCAAAAGGCUGCCACCACACAAGGGUCCGAGAUUGACAACAGAAGCGCAGAGGACGUUUUAGCCGAUUUGUCUCAGAAGAAUAAUACCAUUGUCACCACGGCGCAUGCUGCAGCACCUGGGUUUGAUUAUGACAGCGUUUCUUUCGAAUUUGCUGCACCUGCUCCUGUUAUUGAGGUGUCUGCUAGUGAGUAUGCUGCCAUGGAGUACGGUUCGCCUGGGUCAAGCAGCGGGUCUGUUGCUGCUGCUGCUCCUGCUACUGUUGAAAACACAGAUGCGAGUGCUGCUGCAGUUGGUAACCCUGCUGCUGCUGCUGCUGCUGCUGCGGCAACGGAAGCAGCAACUUUGAACCUUCUCCUAGCCCGACCACACGAAUCUGCACAUGAGGCGACUGGUGUACAAACAGGGGCACUGCCGAUGGAGCUUUCUGCAUGGAGUGCUGCUGCUGCUGCGGCAGCUUGUGCGGCAAGGGACGCAGGCAUGAUCGACCUUCUCCUAGCCUCACCACACGAGCCUGCGCAUGAGGCGACUGGUGUUGAUUCAGGGGCACUGCCGCUGGAGCUUUUUGCUUGGAGUGCUGCUGCUGCUGCUGCUGUUCCUGCCCCUGCUCCUGCUGCUCCUGCUUCUGCUGCUCCUGUUCCAGCUGCUGCCGCUUCUACUCCUGCUGUUGCAGCCCGCCUGGAAAGGGGAUCUGCUGUUCAGUCGGAAGCAAGAAUGCUGAAUGUCACUCCUCGUCCCACACUCCAAGGAGAUGCGAGAGGGAGGCAGCAGAUUCAUGCUCGGAGUCGAUAG